AUGUUAAGCCAGCGAAGAUCCCCGGUAGUAGCUUCACUACAGCUUCCGCCGGUGACAACUCUUCUGUUUAUAUGGGUCUUAAGCUGGGGGCAUGCAACAGCAGAUACUGAUAUAGCUAACAUGACGGCACUCCAGAAACAUGUCUCUUUUUUCGACGGUAACAAGGAUGGCAUCAUUACUCCUACAGAAACAUUUGAAGGAUUUGUUGCAAUUGGUUGUGAUGCUGCAUAUUCUAGAGACUCUGCCUCCUCCGUGCAUGCUGCCCUCGGUCCUAUAACAAGCCCGGUUGAUGCACCAUUGCCCCACAUUAAUAUUCACAUAGACCUAAUCCACAGAGCAAUGCAUGGAAGUGAUACAGGUGCAUUAGAUGCCAAAGGAAGCUGUAGAUUUGUUCCCCGAAAAUUCGAGGAAAUAUUCAGAAAAAAUGCAAAAGUCAGACCAGAUGCGCUGACAUCCUCAGAGGUGGAAGAGAUGAUCCUAGCAAAUCGAGAUCCACUAGACCCUCGAUCAUGGUCGGCGCCUGUAAAUGAGUGGGGGCUGACAUAUAAGCUCGCAAGUGAUAAGGAUGGUUUUCUUCACAAGGAUAGUGUAAGAGGUAUAUAUGAUGGAAGUGUGUUUGUCAAGUUGGAGGAAAAGAGGAGGUCCCUUCGGAGUGAAGUAUGA